GUUCAGGAGUUACAAUCUGUAGCUCUUCAAAUAUUACACUUGUGCUUUUCCAAUGCCUUUGCUCCAGGACAACUUCCUUGAUUUUACACAAACAUAUAUAGCAAGAACAUAUAACAUUAGCCCCCAUCAAGCAUCACUAACAGCUUCAUACUGGAAGAAACAAUCGACGGAUUUAAAACGUUUAAACUUAAAUGACGGGGGUUUAUGCACGCCGAUUUUAUCAGUGGAGCUAAUCAAUUUUGGCAAAUACUUUCUUAACCUUAUGCCACAAUCUUGGUGGUUAGUAUGUUUGGUAACUCGGAAUAGACACUUUACUGAACGUUGUUUGGCUUGCAGUAUUGUCCCAGAGAACCUGGACCUGCUGGGCUGUGGAGUUCAGGAAACAUCACGGUUCUGUUCUUCCUCUGCACUUCCUGGAGUCACCAGUUGGGGGCGUCGAUGGCCUCCCGUCCUCCCUGCGCAGAGUUUUCUCCUCCGGCACAGAAAAAGAGAGAGCAGCUGCUUCUCACCUCCCAGCCUUUGCUCUGUCAUCCCCCUCCUCCCCCUCCUCCCUCAGGAAGGGGAGCACCACACCCUGUCGGCCAAUCAGAGCUCAGCUCCACCUUCUCCAUCACAUCAUCUCAGUUUCCAAGGAAGAGAAGAAGAGGGUAACGAGAUGGACUAAAGGAGAAGAAGAAGAGAGAUGUGACACAACUGAACAAACAUCUGAAAAAACCCCAACAACAAAUUGAACCUACAUGAAGGAGGCCUUGUAAUGCAGAUACAUCCAAAGAAGAAGACGGGCCUACUGGAAUAAUCACCAAAACAUGUACUAAGGAUGUCCCCAGAGCCAACCCUAAGGAUCGGUAUCGGUGCCGGUCCGGGCUUAUUUUAGUGGAUUGGUACCAGCUAAAAAAAAAAAGUUGCUCCAACAGAGUGAGACCUCUUCUCUCGAGCGUCACGUCAAUUUCAGGAGUCAGAACCUCCCAGUUAAACUUUCAUUCAUAUCAUGUCUCAAUAAUUUAAGCUUAUCAACUUAAUAGUUUUGAACCAGGAUGUCCAGUAUUUGGAAACAGUAGCUCGUGAAAAAUAAGGUGUGCCAAAGUCAGUAGGAUACAGCUGUUAUUUCAAUGUGCCAGAUACAUGUUUGAUUAGCAUCGCAUAUCUUACGCUGCUUUGUAAAUAAAUAAAUAAAGAUCAGAUACCCAAUAUUAAGGUGUCAUAAUGUGACAUAGCCUCGGUGUGCAACUUAAGUCACAUGAUAGCAGGUGGUCAUAUAUGGCAGGGGGAUUGAAACUCCUGUCUCUGGUGCUCGACGUGAAUGGCCUCCUUGGUCUUUAUUGUCUUGUUCGUCAGCGUGUUCGUGCUUCACUCAAUCAAACCAGUGAAAAUAAAGUUGCAGCCUCAUCCCUCUCUCACCCCUGUCCUCAGCUGAACUGGGCUGAACUGGGUUACCAUCAUUAAUCCUGUCAGGCAGGUUGAGUUUAUCACGGACUGCUUUUCGUUCUGCUGCUCUACUGACAUCAUUUCUCUGCUUCGCUGCUGCCUCUGCUGCUAAUGCUGAUCAAUACAGAGCCUGAGUCACCCCCGCACUGCAACACACUGACUGCUGCUGGUUAAUGGGUCACUCUGUGUGUGUGUGUGUGUGUGUGUGUGUGAUAGAGAGAGAAAGAGAUUUCACACAGAUAAAAUCGUAUUUGGCAGAAAAACCAGCCAACGCAUUGCAUUCUUCUUUUUUUUUUUUAAGAAUAUUUUUUUGGGCUUUUUGCCUUUAUUUGAUAGGAACAGCUGAAGAGAAACAGGAAAUGUGGGAGAGGGGGUGGCGUCGGGGUGACAUGCAGCAAGUGACAUGCAACAAAUUGCAUUCUUUGAAGAUGUGGACGUGGAAAUCAGAGGAAGACACACAUUCAUACAUACGGCUCUCAUAUACGUUUGAGAUUAUUUGAGAAUUUAACAGUUAAAUUCAACCACUACUUUUAUUUUUGUUUUUUGUGAAUGUUAAAUCUUUGUUUUGCUCUGCUGAACAAUAAGGCCAGACUGCAAACACGACUAUAUUCAGAUUUUUUUUAUUUGAUUUAUAUUUUGGCAUCAUGGCUUCAGAGCUAAUCUAUUUUUUAUUUAGACUGUGCAAAGUAACUACUGUGAACAUCUCCAACUUUUAAUAUGUAAAUAAAAAAGUGCCCUGUUCCACUAUACCAGGGAUCAUUACUGGAAAUAGGCAUUAUUAAGUAGGACGUAUUUUUCUAUUUAGUCUCUAUUUAUGUUGUAUAUGUGUGCCACAUUUUAUUCAUUAGUUUAUUUUAGUUGAAAAAAUUAAAUUACUUUAUCAGAUAAAAUAACACGCCAUCACUACUAGGUUCAUGUGCCUAUAUAUAUAUAUAUUUUAAUAAAACAUUCCUGAUUUGAAGCUGCAUCCUUUUUUGCACAACUGAUGUUUAUCUUAACUUUUUCAUUUUUCUUAGUAUUAUUUUUCCCCGGAACUGCUCUCUGUUAUGUCUUUAUGUUGGUAUGAAAUUCAUGCUGAAACCUGCAGACAGGCUGAACUGGGAGCUGGAUGCAUAUUUUAUUCAGAGAAAAGAGGAUAUGAAUAAAACAUUUUAUUUGUCUGUUCGCUGCGUCUGCCGGUGCUUAAAGGGAUUUAAAGCUACAGCUGAGAUGAAGGGGAGGAGACACACCCACAUGGACAGUGUGUGUGCGGUGCCAUGCUGUGACAGCCUGCAUGUCUGAGAGAAUAACAGUGGAGGGAGAGCUACAGCGUGAGAAAACAAAGUAGUGUCUGGGAGUUCAAAAAAAAAAAAGAAGCGAGAGGUUUUGUCCCUUUCAUGCAGACAGAAGGAAGAGUGGCGGAGAUAAACAGUGACAGAAAAAGAGGAAGAGUUUGUUGUCAUCCGACCACAUCCGUUUGAUCUCCUGCCUCCACAUAUGGAACAGUGUGGAUGACUCCAUCUGGUUUUAGAAUAUGGGAUUAUUAUGUCGUGCAAGGGAAGAUGGAGAGUUUACUCCAAUGAGGCUCGUCCACCCACAUUAGGAAUCCUGUACUUCUCGCUCCCUCUCUGACACUAUGAGCAUCGUAGCUCUCUCACCCGUGGCCCCUGAGCCGCCGUCCCCGAUGGUCACCUCCAUCACCCCCGUCACCCCGACCCUGGACCCUGACACCUCCACCUCCCCCACCGCUGUCUCCACCGAUCCUCUCAGCCUGGACGUGGAGCAUCAGUCCCAGGACGGGGCCUCCUCGCCCAGCUCCGGCCCCAGUCGAGGCAGCCUCACUGGGGGAGGACCUCACCUGGGGCGAGACCCUUCCCAGAGGUCAAAGAAACCUCCGCCGCUCCACACUGGAGCCGACUGGAAGGUCGUCCUCCAUCUACCAGAGAUUGAGACGUGGCUGAGAGUGACCAGCGACAGAGUCACACAGCUCACACACUCUGUGGGACAAGACAGCGACAACAGACACGUGGACGUCCACCUGGUGCAGCUCAAGGACAUCUGUGAGGACAUCUCGGACCAUGUGGAGCAGAUUCAUGCCCUGCUGGAGACCGAGUUCUCCCUGAAACUGCUGUCCUACUCUGUCAACAUUAUCGUUGACAUCAGGACGGUGCAGCUGCUGUGGCACCAGCUGAGAGUCUCAGUUCUGGUCCUGAAGGAGCGUCUGCUGCAGGGCCUGCAGGACUCCAACGGAAACUACACUCGCCAGACCGACAUCCUGCAAGCCUUCAGCGAGGACCAGCACCAGACUCGUCUGGACGCUCUGACGGAGGUGGACGACUGUGGUCAGCUGACCAUCCGCUGCAGCCAGGACUACUUCUCUUUAGACUGUGGUAUCACCGCCUUUGAACUGAGUGACUACAGCCCCAGUGACGAGCCAGAGGCCCGGGGAACUGAGCCAGGCGGCGAGGACCCCUUCCAGGAGCUCAGUCAAGCCCAAGGCCCAAAUCCGGAACCGGGGGCAGAGGAGAGUGAAGCAUCCCGCCUCUCAAACCACAAACUCCAUAACAGUUUACCUGAACUCACCACGCCCGGUGACUCAACAAACCACAACCAUUCUCCGUCAAUAUUACCCACAAUGCAAUGUGGCACGCCCAACCACAGUGAAAGUACAAAGCGCCCUCUGCAGGGUGUGAGCCACAGCACUGAAGUGUCGCCCACUCAGCCGUCACUUCCCAAGAGAGCCGCUCUGUUCUCAGACGGUGGAACCAGGCAGGAGGACUCAAGGGGAGGUCUGGGGAAAGUUAGCCUGCUCUCUGGGCUCCAGUUCCAGGCCGAGCUGAGUCAGAGCACCCCUUCUCUCAUGGAUGCUCCAGACCGCUCCAAGUUCUGGUUGGAGCUGGACACUGUUUAUCCAGAAAAUGUUUCACAGUCCUAUGAAAGUCUGCAGGUCAUGAAUGGGCGCAACCUGCAGAAAACCCAUGUGAGCUCCAGACAGGGAGGAUGCUCACAGGGCAGUGCACAGAGACCGCUGACUGACCCGAGGAGCCCAUUUGGGGCCAGACCAACCGCCAACACCCCCCUGCCUCUCCAAGACCCGGUGUCUCAGGAUGAAAUAUCAAAACAAAUGGAGCGGACGCAGAAGGAGACACAUGCGCACAGUGAGGGGGACUCUGACUCCUCGUUGCCCUCCCCCAUGAGGGAGCAGUUCCUCUUCUCGGACCUGGAGGCGUCCGGAGAGGAGUCAGACCUCCGACCGCCUCCCGGCAAGACGGCAGUCUGGAUCGUGAAGAGCCAGGCGCAGAAGGGGGCCCAGGUUUUAUCAAAAGCCAGCCCAGACAGGGAGCACUGGUAUGGGUCAGAAGAGUUCUUGGCACUUCCCGCUCAGCUCCGUAAGACGGAGAUGCUCACUAUGAAACUGGAAAGUCUGGCUCAGUCCAUCCCAGCGAGGCCCGGUGGCUGUGACUCUACCCAGGAGGCUCUGCAGGAUGUGGAUGACUGGGAUUUGACAGAGCUCAACCCAGACUGGGACGUAGGGGAGAGUGGGGACAACGUGAGCAGCAUAGGGGAGAGUGAGGACGACAUUCCUUCUUCUCUGCCACCGCUGCUUCCUUACAGACGAAACCUGGUCAGCCGCUUGAGCACCACCUCAUCCAGCGAUAUUGCUCCCUCAUUGGAUGAAAGCAUCGAGUCCGGUCCGUUAAGUGACCUGCAGUCUGAAGAGGAUGAGGGACGGAGGUCUGCAGACCGCCGCCUGCAGCUGACAGCGCCCUCGGUGGAUGUGCGUGGAGGUGCGAUCCUGGUGCACCAGCUACUGGAGGACAUUCAGAGUCAGGACAAAGACCCCAAUGUCUGGAAGAAGAUAGAGUGUUUUGUGCAGCAGUUGGACGGGUUCAUUUCGUGGCUGCAGGAGGCGCUGGACAGCACAGAAAACUGGACGCAGCCCCGACAGGAGCUGGAGAGCCUGAGGGUGUACCUGGACACACACCUGAGUUUCAAACUAAACGUGGACAGUCACAGCGCUCUGAAGGAGAGUGUAAUGGAGGAAGGCAGAGCACUGCUCUCUAUCAUCACCUCCCACCAAUCAGGUCUGAAGGAUAUCCUCCAUAUGGUUUCCAGCCAAUGGGAUCAGCUCCAGCGGCAAAUCCGGCGCCAACAUGGCUGGAUGCUCCGCGCCCUCCGCUGCAUCCAGGCCCACCUCCUCUACACCAGCCAAUCACACGAGCCCUUCACAGCCUCGGGAGAUGCGUCGGCCAAUCGGCAGGCUCCGUGCCCAGCGCACGGCCUCAAGGCUGAGCUGAUCUCCAGUCAGUGUGAAGCCCAGCGAGCUGCCCUGGAGCAGAUGGCCAUCAAACUGACUAGCCUGCAGUAUCCCUCCCCCGCCAGCAGGAGGCACUACAGCCAGCUGGCCAGGAACAACAGUCUGCAGGAGUUUGAGGCAGAGUACCAGGAGCUCUGGGAUUGGCUGACGGACAUGGACGCCAUGGUAACAGACGGUCACCAGCUGAUGAUGUCAGAGGAGCAGAGACAUCACCUCUUCAAGAGCAGCCACGCUGAGCUGAUGAUGAUGGAGAGCAGGAAGACCAGCCUGCUGGGCCGAGCAGAGUCUCUGAAGAGGAGCGGGACCGAACUACCCGGCAACUUCCACCGCAAAAUACACAACCUGACGCACACAUGGAGACAGCUGGAGAAAAUCCUCUCAGAGCAUUCAGGGCCCAGUUCUUCCCAGCAGAACCAGUCAGCCAACAUGAACUCUUUGCUGGUUGGUGGUCAAGGCGUUGCCAUGGAAAACCCUCGCUCAGCCCUCUCCCCGCUGACCAACUCGCUCCUGGAGCAGCUGGAGGCUCGUAUUAAAGAGCUGAAGGCGUGGCUGCGAGACACCGAGCUCCUUAUCUUCAACUCCUGCCUCAGACAGGACAAAGACGCCUCAGAGCAGCUCCAGAGCUUCAAGUCUCUGUGUUCGGAGGUGCUAGCCCGACGCCGAGGAGUCUCCUCUGUACUGAAACUCUGCCAGAAGCUGCUGCAACAGAGCCAGUCGGGCCCCAUGGCGGAGGUGGGCCCAGAGGCGGAGCAGCACCGGGAGGCCCUGCAGCUGCUGUCAAUCAACCUGGAGAGGAGGUGGGAGGCGAUCGUGAUGCAGGCACUGCAGUGGCAGAACAGACUGAAGAGAGAGCUGGGAGAGCAGCAGGUUCCUGGAAACUUCCUGGAACCGGGUCUAGUUGACCUCCACCAGAUCAGCCCAGUCCCAGCUGGUCCAGUGGCACCACCGCCAGAUGACUCCUGGGAAUGGGAUGAAACAGAUAUGACAAUCACAGAACCAGAGCCACAAAAAGUACCAGAACCCGACCUUACGCACAACCUCCCCAUAGAACCAAAUCUGCCUUCGGACAUUGUUCUAUCCAGUGAGAAUCAACCAGACAGGAUUCGAACCGAUGUCCCAGCCAGUCAGUGUCCUGAGAUGAUGUCCAGUAUGAGGAGUGGAUCCUCAUCAGAGGUUCAGCCCAGUGUGAUUUCCCAAACUCUUCCCCCUAACAAUAAUAACAUCUACCAGGUGUACAGCCUCCAUAAUGUCGAAUUAUACAGACAGCCUCAGUUUCCUCACACUUCCUCCUUGCUGCGCAAAACCAAAUCAGGAAAACGGAAACAGCACCUCCUGCUGAAGAGCCUGAGUAAGGACUCCUCGUUCUCCUCCAUCGAAUCCCUCCCAGACCUCCUGGGAGGUUUGAUGUCAAACAGCCGAGGAGGAGAUAGAGUCAUUGGAUACCGGGAUGGGGAGAGUGAGAGGGAGGGUGGCAGAGGAAGUGGCCAAUCGGUGAGCAGUCGACGGUCAGAGAGUGAGAGCGGGAUUGUGAGUGAUACAGGAGACAUAGAGACGACAACAACAAACUCUGAAAUCCAGGGAGAGGAAGAGGAUCCAGGGGAAGACGACGAGGAGGAAAAGGAGCAGAGGAAGGAUGAAACUGUAGAUGGGAGUAAUUUGGCUCUGCACAAAGACAAUGUUACUAGAUACAACCAAAAAACCAAGACAGAGGAGAAUAUGAAGGAGAAAGGAUGGAGGAGGGACGAAAUCAGAGGUGAAAGCAGAAGAAACAGAGAGGAGGAGAAAAGGAGAAGACACAGAAGGGGAGGAGGUGAGGCGGUUGAGAUCCUAAUCAACGGGCGUGGGAUCCUGACUCCUGCUGACUCUGACUCUGACUUUGAGGUGGUGGGACUCGGUGUAGACUCCUCCAAGCCCUUUAUAUCCCGCAGUGACUACACAGAGUUCAAAGUUGACCAGUUUAACGGUUUGGAGACUCCACCUGCUCUUAGCCGCCGGGCGUCGAGUCCAGUAUUAUCUCAGGGCUCCUCUCUGGAGUCCCUUCUGGCUCUGGGUGUGGAGUUAUUUCCCUCCAAAGACUUGCUACAUCGUAGCGCCUCUCUGGAGAGCUGCCUGGUCCCGUGUCGUAGCGCUGAAGAGGAUACCGGAGGCAGCCUGGCCAGCCUUGGGGAGCUGGACCUGGGGCAGAGCAGAGAGGUGGAUGGAGGUGAACCAGGAAAGGAGAAGAACAAUGAAAGUGUGCAAGGAGAACCGUCCUCUGGGGAGCUGAGCCGAAGAACUCUUGAUCUCCUGAAACGCCUGGAGAACAUCCAGAGUCCUCUGGCGUCGAAGAUGACCCGCAGUGUUUCUGACAUGGCGCUUCAGAGCUGCUCCCCGCAGCGGAGCAGACUCCCUGCCUCACCCUCUCUUGGUGGUCGACACGCCCCCCUUUCCGGGAUUUCAGGCUCUUCACGGAAAGGACCGCCAUCCCUGAUUAACGAGAGUUCAGCAACAGCAUCACUAACAGAGCUAAGUAGCACCGAGGACUCGUCUCUGGGGUCUGAAGAUUUCGUUGUGCUCAGAAAUCAACGCCACCUCUUCCUGGAUCCCACCAUCGCAGCCAAUGCCAACUCAAGCUGUUAUAGGAAACGUUGCCAUGGAAACAGCCAAGGAGGGCAAGGGAUGGAUGAAGCAGAUGCAGCAAGUUUGAGCCUGGUGGUGAAUGUCUCUUGUACGUCAGCAUGCACAGAUGAAGACGAGGACGACAGUGACCUUUUGUCUUCCUCCACACUCACGCUCACUGAGGAGGAGCUCGGUGUUAGGGAUGGAGAGGACCAAGAGGAGGAGAGGUUGAGCGGUGCCUCCUCUGGUAAUGAGGACGAUGAGGAUGAUGAAGAGGAGAUGGAGGGAUCUUACGUCCUGGGGCUGGAGUACAUGAAGAGGGAGCUGCAGAGUUGGAUCAGAUCUCCUCGAACCUUGUCUUCCUCCUCCUCUAAAACAGAGGCAGUUCUCCGGGAUGAGUUGCAGUGUGGAACCAACCUGUCCUCCAUCUUUACCUCCUCCUCUCAGAACAAGGAGCAGCACUGUUUUCUAAACCGCUCAGCUGAAUUAAUAGAAACCAACACUAAUAGUGGCAACAACAAAACAAAAAGAGAUAAGAAAGAACAGGAAGAAGAGGAGAAGAACCAGAGGAACGUAACAAGAAGCUACAUCAGCCAGUUUGUGGACGACGUAGAGAACGGAAAUCUUGACCAGAGCUGUUUAAAGGGGAAAGACGAGGACUACGAACUCCUCCGAGAGGAGUCAAGCGUGUUCACAAAGAAAGGAGAGUCACUGAGGGAGUCUUACGUGUUUGCCAAAACAGGAGAGUCAGUUCGGGAUGUUAGCGACUUCAUAGUGAAAACGGAAACAAACUCAACAAAACAGCUUUCUUCAUCACCAUCCUGUGAACUCCUCCCCUUCCCAUCCAAACGUGCUUCGUCUUUAGUGGGACAGCUGAGAGGGGAGUUGCCCUGUCACAGCUCCUCCCUCCCCUCACCUCCUUCCCUCUCGCCUGUUGAGGACUGCAGAUCCCACGAUGCCUUGCACAACAGCAGGCCGGCAGCCGGUGGACGGAAGGCCAUCACCAUUCAGGAAAAAUUCAAAUUCUCAUCUUUUGUGACAGAGGAGACAAGGAGGGAAGUUAGAGACAAAGAAUCGUCCCUGCCUCCCAAAAAAAGGCACAGUUCUCACUCCUCCUGCUGUAACCACCUUCCCUCCCCCUCUUCCCUCCAUCCAUGCAGUGUAGACGAGGGCAAGAAAGAGAAUGUGCAUGACUUUGUAAUGGAGAUUAUUGACAUGACCUCACUGGCACUGAAGAGCAAAGAGAAUCAGCCUGAAGAACUGAACCAGACCGAUAACAGUGGGUCCAUCCCAGACCAUGGCCCUGCAUCACUAGCACAGAUCAGAGACAAGGUCCUCGAACACUCCCACCGGCCUCUCCACCUUCGUAAGGGAGACUUCUACUCCUACUUGUCUCUCUCCUCCCAUGACAGCGACUGUGGCGAGGUCAGUCAGUGCUCCGAGGACAAGAGCUCCACUCCGGCGCCCUACAGCAUCCCGUCUUAUGUCACGCCGACGCAAGGCCUCCACAGCCCGAGCCCUGAGCUUUUUACAAGCACCGAACAGCAAAUAUCAACCUCAGACUUGGCUGAGUCUUCCAAACACUCCUCUCCUGGCCUUCACUCCAAGAAAAACUUCUGUGCUCUUGAUUUGAAGUCUACUGAUAGCCAAACUAACAGUGCUGCCAGUGGUAGCCACACUGAAGAACCGCUUAGCCCCUCUCUAUCCCUGCCUCCUAGCCCAGACAUCAGGGAUGAGGAGACCCUGUUUGCAGCCUGUACAGAGGAGGUUUACCUGGGCCCGCCUCUUUGCUACAGCAUGGUCCUCACCAAGAAACCACAAAGGUUUUUGUCCUCCCUGGACCCUGGCUAUGAACUGAACAACAGUGUAGCUUACUUGCCUUGUUCAAAACCAAUCGAUAGUCUUCAAUAUUUGUCUCAAGAGAGGUCCAGUUCCAAACCAGGUGAUAGUCUGAGCUACCUGUCUCCCUCAAAGGAAUCUGUGUUGGAUAGAAACCAGGAUCACCUGUAUUGCCAAGGAUCCAGUCCCACAGAGGAAACACAGAGCGCCUUCUCUCCUUUCCUGGAGCCUUGUUACAGCUCAUGCUCCACCUCCUCGCUCUCAAACAGCGUCUCCGCCUCUCUCCAGGGGCCUGGCUCCAAACCAGAAGAUGACAACCCUUCCUCUCCUGCUCCAGUGUCCUCUGGCGCUGAGGAAGAGAAGCGAGGUGAAGACCCGCACCUCCUCUGUGAUGUCGCUGGAGGAGAAGUCGCGGCCGCUGCGAGUGUCAGCGUGCCGCAGGAGGAGAGGAGUCGUAAUGAGGGGCCUCCUUAUCUUAAUCCCCGGGCGCGUGUCGCCCCGAUAGACUCCUUCGCAGCCGAAUGUUUGGCAGAUACUAAAAUGCUUGAAUCCAAUAUGGGCGCCGUAAUGACCAAGAUAAGUGUCUGCAGCUCCGCUACAAAUCCCUCAAAAGAGCCAGCCGCCACCGCCACGCGUAUUAAUCCCAAAAUUAACUGCUCUGCGAUGAGAGAGGCAGAUAGGGAGGAGGGGGAGAGGCGAGGAGAGGUGGAUACUCGGCGGGUGAAGCAGGAGGAGAAGGGGAGGAGAGGGCGGAGCGGCUCGCAGCAGGAAGCAAAGACAGCAGCGGAGAAGCAGGUGAGCUCUCAGUCAGCUGUCCAUCACAGAACAGCACCAGGGCGGAGCCAAGCCUCAGUGAGACCGCCCACCUCGAGGACAGUCAGUAGACUACCUGUGUUGGGAGCAGGAACCUCCAGGAUCCAGCUGUAAGGGAGCUCUCUCCAUCUCCUCCCUGCUGAGCUGAUCCCUCUCCUUGGCUUCUUCUUUCCGGCUGCCCCCUCUCUGCUCCUGGAGCCUCUCACCCCUCCGAGCUCCCAAAUCUCACUGCUGUAACUGAACGGAUCGUUAAGAAACUGGACUGAAAACUCCUCCAGCAGUUUCAGGGUUACCUCACAACUGAUUUAAACUUUAGAUCAGAUCGGAUAUUUUCACAGUAACAAUGAGUUUGAUUUCAGGGUUGAAUGUUUCUGAGUGAUUUAUGAAGCAGCUUUUAAGGUUUGGCUGAGCACAUAUGUAGAAUUUACAUCAAAAUACAGUUUUGAUGUGAUUAAGAAGAUUUAAGAGUUAAGAAGAAAAUAACGUAGUAACAUUACAUCCAACAACCAUUUAAAUCAGAUUAUCCAAUUGAAUUUUAGAAUUACAAAUGGGACAAUACAGUAUAUUGAGUUUAUGAUCCAACAGUUUCAGUAUGGAUAUAAAGCAGAUAAGCAGUGAAAUCCCAUGUUUCUGAAUCAUUAAGGCGAAUCUAUUAGUUUACAGCAGCUGUAGCUGUUUUUCCUAAACAUGAACAAACUCUCCUAACAAAAUGGCAACCCAGAAUCAACGUAAUCUUUUUAUUAAUUUGAUUUUUGAUUUUUUUUAGUGAUUUUUUUUUUUUAAGCAUGUUUUGGUGCGUCAUGGUUAGAGAGGUCAGACAAUGCCACUUGAACUUUUGAACUGUGCCAAUGCAGUGAUCCACACUCAUCUGGACAAAUAAAACACCAAGGAUCAUUAGUCAUCUGUAGAUGUGACUGAUGUAGAGAAAUGGUGUUGAACUGACCUGGGAUCAGCUGGAUUUUACAGGUUUGUUGUAUACACCCUGUUAUCUUAUACACACACUGUUAAAACUGUAUGCUGCAGUGUUGUAGCACAAGUAGCAUGUUACUUCCUAAAAAUAACACUUCUUCUGUCUAUAGAUGAUGUCAGUAUUCAUAAUCUGUCGCUGUGACUUGGUCAAACUCAGUAGAUCUAUUCACAGUUGUGUGGUAGUAGCUUGUCAUCCUGUAGUAUCCGCACCACACUGCAGCCUGUGAGUUAUCAAUGUUGUAUAACUCAGUAGAUAAACUGUAAUAUCGGCAUCGCACAACCACCGAGCCUCUAUAAUCUGAAAAAGUAAACUAAAUUUGUCAAAGCUAUUAUGAAGGAAUAUUUAAAGUGUAGGAAGAACUUGCUGUUAACAGAUAUGAAGAAAUCUAGUCAUGAUUUACAGAUGCAUUGUCUUUGUUGAGAGAUAUAAAAGAUUGUAGAAAUUGAGUUAGUGUUAAUAAAAGAUACAAAUAUUAAGACAUAUUAAAAGAUCCACGUUUGCAUUAGCAUAAUCAGCUUUGUUGACAUUUGAACUUGGCUGUGAUCAAAUACAAAUCUUUGCAAGAUACAAAGAGGUCAAUAAGCUGUAUUACACUGUAUUUAUGGAAGCUUAAACUUCAAAAAUUCAACUGUAUUAUCAUGACUGAAAAGCAAUACUGAGGAUUUGGGUUCAAAGGGUGGAAAAUCAUUACCAACUAUCAAACACACGCUGGUAGACUUUGAUUUAGUUGUGCACGUCUCAUUCAUUUCCAGACCGAACCGGAGUCAAGUUUUGACUGUGGAACCCAAAAAUGCCAAACUUUAAGCCUGCCUUCACCAGACAAACGACAGCAUCAGGUGUUUAUUUAAGGACCUAAUCGACCUAUUGUAGCUGUGUAAAUUAUAACUCUUGUCUGUCAGGAGCAAAGGUGGAACUAGCAUGUUGAUGUGAUAGAGGGGAAGGCUCGACACACAAUGUCAAGCUUCUGGUAAGGGCAUUAGAUCAGAAAACGUAUGGGUCUUUUCAAAGGCACUGACAAAGGACAUGUUCUGUCGUUUAGUUUGGAGAACACGUUGAAACCUUGGUUACUUUUUAAUGAUGAAAUUUAAGUGUUAUAGAAAUACCUUUACUAUACUUGAGCAUUGUAUUCCAUAUUUUUAAACUAAUUUUAACAUCUGAAGCUUUUUUUUUUUUUUUUUUUUUGCAGCUACAAGCUGUGUCCCAUUUUUCCAAAGCCUUCCAAGUCAGCUCUGCAUCCCUGAGACAGACAAGUAUCAGCAAGUUAUCAACCAUUCAAGUGCAUCUUCUUGGUGGUAAACUCAAAAAUGUCCAACUUUAUAAGUUGACGAGGACUACCUGAAUGUACCAUCAGAUUUGUGUAGAGGCAGGAAGUGGUGAUGACGAUGUGGUGAGUCCUCUGCAGACCAUCUCUUUUGGGGAAGGGCCUUCUGUUAGCCUUUUUCAGACGUUGUCUCCUUUGAAGUCAAGUCAACAGCGUCGUCCCUCUCCAAAGGCUCCUCCAAAUGUGGUUGAGAAGUGCAGCCUGAUAUGGUCUGAAUUUAGAGAACACAACUAUUUUUCCUCUGGGUCCCUGAGUGACAACAAUUCUCUGCAAGUAUUCACAGUCAGUUAAGUCGGCACAAUUGGUAUUUUCCAUUUUGUCGUUUAAGUGCAACUUUUUGGUGGUAAACUCAAAGGUUGCCAACUUUAUAAGUGGACGAGAACUACCUGAACGUACCGUGAGUUUUCUGUAGAGGCAGCGAGUGGGGAUAACGCUGUGGUGAAUCCUCUGUAGACCAUCUCAUUUGGGGAAGGGCAGGUUCAUCCUGCUAGCCUUCAGGUUCUUGUAGGCUGCGUCCUUUGAAGGAUGCAUCACCUUGAAAAGGGGCACAGAUACUUUUUGUGACGAACCAUUGUUGUGGGGUCCUGCUCGAUUCUAAAAACUGAUAAGAGAUUUGGUGAUUAUAGGAUAUACCGGCUGCUAUGGUGGUGGUAGAAGUCACUGUGCUCUGAAUCGAUGGAAAUAUUAUUCACACCCAUCAGGUCAAAUCUAUCUUUACUUGAGUACAUUCUGAACUAGCAGCAGCGGCAGCUGCGCCUGCAAACUGAGGGUUGAACCAGGUGUCCAAAAAUAAAAAAGUACAAAAACAAGACGAUAUUUUAUCUAUGCAACACGACCAAAGUUGGCGAAAGCUGAAGUGGUGUUGUUGUGUAGGCGUUAAGGUUUGAUGACUGUUGAUGGGGACGUGUGUUGUUAUUAAUACUGCUGUAUGUAUGUACACCACUACUGUACCAUGUAUUGUUUUUUCUUUUCUAGACAACUCCCGAAAUGAUGAUUAGCAGUGACGCUGGGGUUUGGGAUUGGCGUUGAGACAGGUGUGUGUAGGACAAAAUAGGGUUUGAGAUCUUUAAAAUAUAAUUGUGUGCCUUGCUCUACUGUUACUACUUCUACCUUUUUUGUUAAUUAAAACCACUGCUUUCCCAGUUAGGUGAUGAAAACAUGCAACAAAAAAAUAAAAUGAGAAACAAAAAACGUUUCAAGCAAGGUUCACGUUGAGCUUGUGUAUAUAUGUGGAGGUGUAAAACCUUGGUGUAAAAUGCAGAGGGAGGAAUGCUUCUUGUUUGUGUUUAUUUAACGCUGUAUGUGACCUGUGAUGUGGAAUAUCUUUAUUAUUAGUAUUGGCCAUAAAGAGCUUGACUGCAUGGUUCCUGCGAACUACAAUGUAAAACCAACUGUUGACAAAUAAACCUAAUUUAUUGGAAAAAACAAAAUUCA